CCACCCAAACCCUAAACCACGCCCAUGGUCACCCAUUAACUCUGGUUAUUCAAUUCUCCACAUCCCAACCUCACUUUCUCGCUCUAUAUAUCUCCCCCAUCCCUCCCCUUUUCCUCUCCUAAGAUAAGAUCAAUACUGGGUUUUAAUUUUCUUCUUCACCUCCGCCUUCUCUGUUUGAGGUUUCAUAUUUUUUUAAGGUUGCCGGAGUUAGUUGGGAUCGUUACUGGUGCCGCCGAUGAGUUGCAACGGCUGCCGGAUUCUUAGAAAAGGGUGCAACGAUAAUUGCAUACUUCGACAGAGUCUCCAAGGGAUCGAAACCCCGCAGGCGCAAGCUAAUGCCACUGUUUUCGUCGCCAAAUUCUUCGGCCGUGCCGGCCUCAUGUCUUUCCUUUCCUCCGUUCCCGAAUCCCAGAGACCAGCGUUGUUCCAAUCCUUGCUUCUAGAAGCGUGUGGAAGAACUGUGAACCCGGUUCACGGCGCCGUGGGGCUACUAUGGACCGGAAACUGGCACGUUUGCCAGGCGGCCGUGGAGGCGGUGCUGCGGGGAGGAACGCCGCGGCCGUUGCCGGAGUACACAAUCCCGACGCCUUCGCAGGAAUCCGACGAGGUGGCAGGCGAUCUGGAUCUAGGCCUGACGACGGCUGCGAGGAUGACCGGCGGCGGGAGGGGCUACCGGCGCGUUGAGAAGAGGAGGGCGGACACGCCGUCGGAGGAGUCGGAAACCUCAACCUUGGAAAGCGGUUUUGUGUAUCAUCUAAGUUCACACCAAUCUUCUGAAACUAAUCUUCUCAGACUCUUUUUCUGAAAGCUAAACCAGUUUUCCGAGAAACCUUGGAACUAUACUGUAGUUUCUUUGUCCCACUUCUUUUUCUUUUCGUGGACUUUAAGAAAAGUGCCUUAAAAAAUGUUCUCUCAGAUCAUUUUACCUCUCAAUUAAAUGUAAGCUUUUCUUUGACAUUAAUUUUUG